AUGGGUUUGGUUGCUAUUAGUGGUCAUCGAUACCCACACCCCGGCCCGCGGUUUGAUGGCGAGGAACCGUGGAUAGCCAGGGAUUUGGAAUCACCAUGUCGGGGGGACCCCUCUACAGGGAAUAUGGGAAAAAAGCCUGGAGGGGGUAGCCGAGGGCAACAGCUUGCCCCCGCCCUAGGUGGAAGUGACCCAGAAAUACCCCAAAGGAAACAGGGCCCAGUCCGUUCCGAAAACCCCGAAACACCUUCCCCCCAACCCCAGGGUAUUUUUGGGCAUCCCGCCCAGGGCGUGGGGGCACAGCUGUUGCCCUCGGCUACCCCCUCCCGGGGUUUCUCGUUUUCGCCGAAGGGGAGGUCUGACCCCGGGGGGUCACAGCUGCCCCAGCCAAAUCCCUUGAUUAAGGGUGUCACCCCGGCAG